GGCAAAGCAAUUUUAACUUUGUGUCCUGAAUACAAAGUGUUAGGUUUGGGUCAAAUCCAAUAAAAAACAUGAGCAGGCGCACACCCAGAAAAAAAUGAUUUAGUGUAAAGGCGCUGACUAACGGAGAAUAAACUGUAAACUAUAAAAACAAAGACUCGCACACUCCGUUUGUAUAACCUCCCAGUAAUUUGUAGGUAAAAAACCACAAACAUUUUGGCAUCACUGUGCUUUCUUCAGGGUGGGGCAAAUCCAAAACAACACAUUACUGAGUACCACUCUCCAUAUUUUCAAGCAUAGUGGUGGCUACAUCAUGUUAUGGGUAUGCUUGUAAUCAAUAAGGACAGUGGAAUUUUUCUGGAUAAAAGAAAAUGGAAUGCAGCUAAGUACAGGCAAAAUCCUAUUGGAAAACCUGGUUGUCUGCUUUCCACCAGACACUGGGAGAUGCAGUCACCUUUCAGCAGGACUGUAACCUAAAACAUAAUGCCAAAUCUACAAUGGAGUUGCUUACCAAGAAGAGUGAAUGUUCUUGAGUGGCCGAGUUAGAUUUUCAAGCAGAUGUAAGUCAAAACUAUGGCAAGACCUGAAAAUGGUUGUCUAGCAAUGGUACCUCAAUGGUACCUCAGGACUGUAACCUAAAACACAAUGUCAAAUCUACACUGGAGUUGCUUACCAAGAAGAGUGAAUGUUGCUGAGUUAGUUUUGACUUAAAUCUGCUUGAAAAUCUAUGGCAAGACCUGAAAGUGGUUGUCUAGCAAUGAUAAACAACCCAUUUCACAGAGCUUGAAGAAUUUUGAAAAGAUUAAUGGGCAAAUGUAGCACAAUCCAGGAGUGGAAAGCUCAUCCAGAAAAACUCACAGGUGUAAUUGAUGCCAAAGGUGAUUCUAACGUAUUGACCCAGGGUUUUAAUACUUAUCUAAUCAAGAUAUAUAUUAGUGUCUUAUUUGUUGUGCAUUUUUUACAAAUGUAAAAUUUUUCUUCCACUUUGACAGAGUAUUUUGUGUUGAUGGUUGACAAAAAAAUGAAUUAAAUACAUUUUAAUCCAACUUUUUAUCACAACAAACUGUAAAAUCAAGGGGUGUGAAUACUUUAUGAAGGCACUGUAGUUUGUAGGCCAACUUGAGACAAUUAUUGUCGAGGGUAGACGUAGCCAACUAAUUAAUUUCUAUACGUUACAAUUUUGUCUUUCCAUCCAGAUUGAAACCACCCCUGGGCAAGAACUAUUGUCUCCCGCGCUAAAUAUGACCAAGGACCUUUACACAAUCAAGCUUGCAGAAACGGAAACAUGCCGACGGUCUCGCAUCAUUUCAAGCACACUCUGUUCUGGGAGCGUGCUGGAAGAGGACCCCUACUCAUUGAUAAGAGGCAUGCAGGGCUAUGAGGUUACCCCGGCAGACCUUGUAUUCCUGAAGAGAACCAUGCAGGAGAGGCAGAUCAACAUCUUACAGUUUGGUUCAGUUUGCAACAACCAAUGUUUUGCAUUGAAAACGAGUGUUUCUAUUGGACAAAUUCAGAGAGAGCUGGAUCAGUUACUGAGGCAGCGGAGGAACCAGAUGCUGACCAGGAAUCUGUCCUUGGCCUCCAGAGAGAAGAUCCAAACUGACCUUGAUGAGAGCCUGUCCUGUGAGCAGACUGUUCAAAUGGGGCAAGUGUUCCUCUCGAGGAAGCUGAGCUCAACGGAGGUAGAGGCCCUGGACUCCAAGUCCCUCCUGGCCCAGAUAAAGACUGCUGAUGUCCAGCAAGCUGUAGAGGAGGAACAAGCUGAGAUCACUGAGCUAGAGGACAGAGUGGCCAGAGCCUUGGAGCUCAGAGCGAGAGGGGAGCAAAGACAACAGGAGAUUGAGAAUCGGAACAGAGCCAUCCUCACGAAAAAGGCAAACAUCAAGCAUCUGAUGAAGGAACUAUCAGAGCUCAAAUCCCAAUUGGCUGGGGCAGAGGUGUCUUUGCUAGCCACUCAAGGCGAGAUGGACACUUUGAAAGACACAGAAAAAGAGGAUGACACAGGUCCCAAGGAGGCAUUGCAAGUCGCCCCAAGCCAAGCAAAAGCUCCCAAGGCACCCAAGAAAAAAAGGAAUGGUGGAGAAACAAUUACCCAACAGGCCGAAUUAAAGCUGAAAAUACACCUACCAUAGUUGGAGAGUCCCAUAUGCCCAGUGGUCUCAGAUGAUCUACGAGAAUAGCUACCAAGAAGAGCUGCGUUGAGAAUAAGCCUGUUUUGAGGAAAACUCGCCCUGUCAAAGCAAGCAUUUCACUUUGAGAAUUUUCCUUCUCCACUUUUCCUGAAACUUUUGAGUUUUAAGGAGUUGUUUUCCACUGCUUGUUUGGUACUGUGGUUAGGUUUCCAUCCAGUUGGCAACGAUUUUAAUGCAGAUAUUCAAAAGUCUGCACAGAAACAAUAUAUGCGUUUUUCCCACCAGACGUGCUUUCAUCAAACUAACUUUUUAGCGGAUAAAAUGUUGUGCGUGACAGUGCACAUAACACAAGUUUUCAUGUACAGAAUAAAAUGAAACGGAUGUUUUAAUGUGUCUCCAUAGCAUUUUCUAUUCUAUGGAUGGUUUUGUCACACACUGCAAUAAAUACCAUACUUGCCCAA